AUGACAACGAAAAUUGAGUUCAUUAAUGUAGAUCAGCCCGAAGGUCUCAAAAAAUUAAAUGAUUACUUAGAGGAUAAUUCGUAUAUCGUAGGCUUUUCUCCUAGCAAAAACGAUAUCCAUGUUAUUGAGCAAAUCGAUGAUUGUUUUAAAAAUGGAAAUUAUCCUCAUAUUUCUCGAUGGUACAAUCAUAUUAAAUCUUUUUCUAUAAAGGAACGUCAAGCAUGGAAAACACCCGUAAAUAUUGCAGUAAAUGUUACGCGUCUUUCCCCGAAAACGGAGGUUUCUCAAGACGAUGACUUUGACCCUUUUGCUAAUGAAACAGAUGAGGAAAAUCUAGCAGCGAAAAAGGUGAUAACUGUUGUUAAACCGGCGAAACCCCGAAAAAUUGUUAUUAAUAGAUCUCAAUUAGUUAUUGACGUGAAACCAGGCUCGAUCGACACAAAUUUAGACAUUUUAGAGCAACAUAUUAAAAGUAUUCAAAUGGAAGGCUUGGAAUGGUCUGUCGCUUGUAAAAAAGUGCCUAUUGCUUUUGGUUUAUCCAAGUUACAGAUAGGGUGUAUUAUUGUUGAUGAUCUUGUUAAUACCGACGAUAUUCUAGCACGAAUUGAGUGUAUUGGUUUAGACGAAAACGCUUCUAAAAAAUAUUUGGAGAAUCGUGAGAGAGGUGAUGACGAAGACGAGAUUGAAGGGAUGGUUCAAUCCGCCGAUAUUGUUAGUUUUAAUAAACUUUAA